UGGGGAUUCAUCAGACGCGUCCGCCCAGUUGUCCGAGCGGGUCAUGACAAACGUGACGGACAUGUAUCCCCCCCUCGUCAAAACCCCACCCCUCAGGACAGGAUUUGCAAGGUUGCGGACCCCCAACUCACUUACCACCGACCGCCUCCUCAAGCCCUAACACCGCUCCAACUUUUGAACCUCAUCCCACUACAAAACUACCGCCGCAGAAAUGGCCAACCGACCCAAAACACAAGCCAGAACACUCGUCAACUCUGUCGCAGGGACCGUGCUGCCCAUCGUGCAGUCCGCCCAGGGGUAUGCGCUCGCAGUAGCCCGUACUACGAAGGGCAUCUUGGACGCUUAUCCGCCCGUUAAGGCUUUCGUGUACACUCUCGGCGGCGCGGCAGCGAUCCCACUCGCAGUCUUCACUACCUAUGGAGCGGCAACGGGCGCAAUCGUCGUCGGCGUCGCCGGCACAGGCGUAGCGCUCGUGCAGGGCGGGUUCCUCGCGUUUGGCGGUUUUGUCCUGUUCUGGUUCUUACUGGGGGCACUCAUCUUUGCGGCGAUCAGUGCGUUUUGGUUCACCGUCGCAUACUUUGCAUACCAAGUCGCUAAGCGAUUAGAAGGCAGUCCCCAACAAACCGCGUAAACUUCGAACACCAACUUCACUUACGAGAACGUUAUGCUUACAUGACAUCAACACGAGAAAAGAGAGAAAACCCUUUCAACAAGCAUGCCUCCGUCGAACUGCAAACACAAACGAUAUAGUUGACAUGGGGGCAGAUAUUAUGAUUAAGACGAAGGAAGGGGAGGCAAAUCGCCAAAGGGAGAGCAAGUUACAUUAUGAGCAUUCUGUAUGAGCCCUAAGCAUAUUCUGUAUAUUUACAUGGUUGGGAAUAUGAAGAGGAACGAACAUUUGUCGCAUCAGUUGGGCAUCUGCUGGGGAUAUGAUGACGAUGCGACGAGUGCGAUCAACGAAGCGCUCUCCAAAUCCAUCACGCCUUCCAUCCCAUCUCCCAUUCCCACCGCUUACCGCAACUCAAACCCCGCCUCCUCAUCCAACACCCUCACCAACCUCCCCGCCUCCCUCCCCCCCAACGCCUUCA